AUGUCGUCUCAAGAAACGGAUGCCCGUGCACAACUUCACAUCGCCAUCGUUGGCGCAGGCAUCACCGGUAUCAACCUCGCCUUAGGGCUCCAGGCGCGAAAUGUCUCAUUCACCAUCUACGAGCGUUCACCAGCGAUACGCGAGAUCGGCGCCGGAAUUGGAUUUAGUCCCAACGCCGAGCGGGCCAUGGGCCUGGUCAACCCAGAGGUCCUUACCGCCUUCCGCCGCGUGGCCAACCCCAAUGGCGAAGAUUUCUUCCAGUGGGUAGACGGUUAUGAAACUAACGAGCUCAUCUUCAAGUUGUAUGUCGGCAGGAAUGGGUUUCAGGGCGGCCUGCGUAGCACGUUUCUGGAGGAAUGGGCCAAGUUGAUUCCAGCGGCUGCAUGUCAGUUCAGCAAACACCUCGAUGCCAUCACUGAGGAGGAUGGCAGCCCUCAUAGGUUCCGGUUGCAUUUCAAAGACGGCACAACCGCCACCGCCGACGCGGUCAUUGGGUGUGACGGGAUACGCUCACGCGUCCGCCAGCUGCUACUCGCGGACGUUUCGUCAUCCGCUGACCACUUUCAACUUCCCGCAGCUGCACACCCCUCGUACACCCGUGGGUUCUGUUUCCGCACGUUAGCUCCUAUGGAGCGCGCCAUUGCCACCAUCGGCGCAACCAAGGCGUUGACCCGUUUCAUGUACAACGGCCACGAUGCUCAUCUGAUCACCUACCCGGUCGCUAACAACACACUCUUGAACAUCCUCGCCGUUAUUGAGGACGCGAACCCGGUCUGGCCGUAUCAACAUUCACAAGGUAGACAUACAGCGCCUGGAAGGAAAGAGGAGGCUGUCGAUGCGUUCGCCAAGUGGUCUGACACGGCCAGGGGCAUCGUUAGCUUGUUUCCGGAGGAGAGAAUGGACAAGUGGGGGAUUUUCGACAUGGCCGAGCACCCGGCGCCGCAGUACCAUCGUGGAGGCGUAUGUGUAGCUGGAGAUGCUGCACAUGCAACGGGACCGCAUCUAGGAGCGGGUGGUGGUAUGGGGAUUGAGGAUGCGUUGGUGUUGGCAGCGUUGUUGGAAGGGGUCCAUAAGAGAGUUGGGCAAAAUGGUGGUGGUGGUAGAAAAGCGGCCUUGGUGGAAAGGGCGCUGGAAGUGUACAAUGAGGUUAGGUAUGAGCGGACGCAGGAUGUUGUGCAGUCGACACGGAAGGCGUGUGAUUUAUUUCACUGGAAGGAUCCGGAGGUUAGGAGAAGUCCGGAGAAGUUUGGGAAGGACAUCACAGCGCGGUUUGAUAAGGUGUGGAACUAUGACCUGGAGGGGAUGGUAGAGGGGGCAUUGGCGAAGCUGGACGAGGGUGAGAAGAUGAGGCUCUGA